AUGACAGGUGACGAAACAACACCACUGCUUCCCAGCAAGGGCAAAGGGAAAAAGUCAAAUUGGCUACAAAAGGUCUCCCAUGUUGAGAAUCGCAUUUCACUUGCGGGAUUUCUUAUUACAUUGGCUUUUAGUUUCACACAGGUUCCACUGUUUUAUGUCUUUCAUUUGAUGACAUGCGAUUCUUUUUAUGAUUCACAUCCUCCAUAUCAUGGUUCAGGUGAUCGUUGUAGUCGCGAUGAGAUUGCUUCUAUCACAGCCACCCAGUUCAGCAUCCUCGGCAUGAGCACAACGUUUUGCGGCACAUUGAAUCUUUUUCUCGCAGGCUGGAUAGCCAAAAGGUUCGGUCCACGUGUUGCGCUUCUGAUGCAAAUAUUUAUCCCAGCUAUCCGAGUCGUGACGCAAAUUCUUGGUGUUUUGACAGGCAAACGAGAAGGCAUGUUGAUCAUUCAGCUAACACAAUUGAUUACGAUUUUUGGAGGACCAGCUGGUUACAUCCUGGUGAUCAACAUCAUCGCUGGUGAAGUCGUCGAACCUUUAAGAAGAACAGCAGUCUUUGGACGUCUUCAGGGUGCAAUCAUGUUGGGACAAGGCAUUGGUUACCUCACUGGCGGUAUGCUUGGUGACAUUAACAUAAAAGCACCUUUCGAAACAUCCUUCUGCUGUUUUAUCCUGUCAGGCAUCUACGUUUGGAGCGUACUACCUUAUAUAUCUCCAGACUCCAUGUCCAAUGGUGGAAAGCCUGCGACGGGAUUCCUCACGCCUCUAAAAGUACUUAUGCCCCAAAAGCUGCGCCUGAAAGACGGAAAGACAAAAAAGCACCUCGGUGUCAUCUUCCUCUGCGGCGGUAUCUUUCUUGGCGUACUCGCAACAGACUAUGCCCCCCUUCUUAUCCAGAUGUACGCAACCGCAGCCUUUAGCUUUACACAAGGAGACAAUGGCUGGCUCAUGUCCGAGUUUGCGAUUAUGAGAAGUUUCUUCUUGAUUUUUUUGUUUCCUCGUAUCAUCACAUUGGGACGCGAUUGGUAUGCCAACUCUCGGACAACCUCAUCUGAUGAAGUGGAUGAAACGACCACACAACACAUUCCAACCACUCCUGGAGAAUUCGACGCGACCGUGGGUGAACAAGCGGAUCAUGAACCUUACCAGGCUGUAAGCUCCAAGAAAGAUGACGAGGGAUCUCGGUUCGAUCUUGUCUUCCUGCGAUGGAGUCUAGUCGUGGAUGGGCUUCUUACUACAGUAUCAGGUUUCGCAACACAGCGAUGGCAUAUUUAUCUCGCCGCCUUUCUUCUUCCUUUCGGCUCUGGUAGUGCACCUGCUGCCAAAGGUUGCAUCACGCAAAUGUGCCCAGACUCUCAACGUGCGGAUGCUCUCAACGCCGUUACACUCGUAGAAAACAUUGCCCGACUUGCGACACAGGGACUCUUUGGUCUGAUAUUUGCUAUCUUGGCUCAAGCGGGCAAAGCCUAUGCCACAUUUUUCUGCAAUGCGGCCAUUGCAAUUGUUGCUAUGGGAGUACUCCUAUUGUCGAACUUUCCACCUCUUGGGAGCAAAUUAAUUGAGCAGAACGAUGGAGAGAAUGAGAGAGAUAGCGGAGACCAAGAGAACGAGCCCUUGUUAAACGAAGCAGAAUAA